UCUCAGUAGGCUUGUGUCUCAGAGGAGCUCAGAUGACUAAUCAGUCAGCAUGGAUUCGGAUCUAGCUGCAGCUCGUGAUAAAGAGGGAGAUGAUGUGCAGGAGGCUGAAGGCCAGCAGGACCUCAGCUUCUGAAAGCGAAGAGCAGGAUACAAAGAACAGAAAGAGGAAGAAAAAGAGGAAGAACACGGUAAAGAAGAAAAAGAGACGUCUGGACAAGAAGAAAAAGGAAACAUCUGGAAAUCAGCAGCUGGAUAGAGAGAGGGAGGAAGCAGAGAGAGAAAAAGGGAGAUCCAAGCUUUUUCCAGAUGACCCAGGGCGGAAUGGCCUGAUGGAAGGGGCGGGGUCCUCUAGUCCUAGGGGCGAAGGCAGGUUGAGAGGUGGAGCUUAUGCCUCAACCAAUCCAGACGCUAAGUCAACACGUAGGACCAGAGAGGAGUCUUCGUAAAAAAUAGUGAACGAGCAGGAAUUAUGAUCUGCUAAUUAUUACACAAAUGGUGUUUCUUCUUAAUAAACAGAGGAAGAUGCUUAAGUUCUAA